GGUUUAAUGAAAUCACUCGUUAGUCGCACACAGCGAUUUCUAUUUGGGACAGGUGGAACGCAUGGGGGUAUCCACAAAAUAAAGGAAAGCACAAUUGAUUACACUAACUGGGCUUUGAGGAAAGAAACUUUGAGUAUUCUGAAGGAUAUUCAUCACCCCUUGGUUAUUGAGUAUUUAUUUCGCCUAAACGAAAAGCGUAAGAUAGUUGAGGAAUACAAAGAAACGGUCCUACAUGCUAGGGACGGUGAUCUUAGGCCGAAUAAUAAGAGCGACGUCAGUUCAUUCGACUUUGUCAAGUGGAAUGCCUACUAUCAUGAUGAAUUAGGCACGGCGGAGAAAAUAUCGAAAAUUUUCAAUGAACUUGAUGAUAAUGCCAAUCUUCUUACUCAAGCGAAAUCAAGAAAGCCACUAAGCACUUCGGAUACGGAAUUUCUUCAAAUGAUCGAAGAUGACAUUAAUUUGUUGCUAAUCCGAAUUAAAGAAUUGAAUGACGAGGUUAAUGCUAUUAUGAAGAAACGACUGGAAUGUGAUGAUGUGAUCGGUUUAUCGAGUAAAGAGUGGAUUAUAUGCGUCACUGGAAAAGCUGGUGGUAUGGAGGCCGACCUUUUCGCAAGGGAACUUUUUGAUAUGCUCAAAUCGUAUGCGAAAGAGAUUCGUGGCCUUCAGGUUCUUGAAGAUUGUGAAUCAAGUGAUGGUUUUCUAGAACUUCUUAAAUGCUCAGGCGGCCAUCAAUUUCGCGUUGCAGGAGAUGAGGUUUAUCGGAACUUUCGCCAUGAGAUUGGUGUGCACAAAGUCCAGCGUGUUCCUGUGACUGAUUCCUUGGGUAAGAUGCAGACGUCAACAGCUGCUGUUACUAUGAUGCCUGUUCUGGAUCCGGUAUCGGUGAACAUACGCGAGGAGGAUUGCACGAUACAAUACGUUCGUGGCUCUGGCCCGGGUGGCCAAGGCAUGCAGAGUAGCUCGAACUGUGUUGUACUGACUCACAUUCCCUCAGGGUUUACUGUGAAGUGCCAUCAAUCUAGAUCCGCUCUUGGAAAUAAGGAACUUGCACUGCAGAUGGCUGCACAGCACAUUUUGUCUCAAAGGGUCAAGGAUCAGAACUCCUCGCUGCAUGAAGCAUGGGUAAAUCAGUGGAGGAGUGGUGAGCGAUCUGAAAAAAUGAGGACUUAUAAUUACCUCCAAAAUCGUGUAACCGAUCACCGCCUUGGCAAGGAUUAUCCCCUGUCUUUUUUCAUGGACAGAGGAUGCGGUCUCGUGGCCCUUCAUGACGAACUGAAUGAAAUCAGUGAUCGUGAGCAGCUGAAGGCUAAUUUGUUGAAGCAUAUCAAAGCUGACUUCGAAGGCACUGCCUACAGAUUAUAGCACAUUAUCGUAUGGAGGCUGCCCUAUUCACAUAGUUA